AUGGCAGCCGAAACAAAUUCCGAUAGUGGGACGAGUUGGUGGAAUGAAUUCUCCAACUUUAUGCGUAAAGAUACGAAAGGAGUUGAAUACGAAAAUGAAGUGAAAAUGUGUCGUUGGCAGAUCCAUGACUGCGAAAUAGAAACUAUAUCGAGUACUAUAAAACUAUGUUUAUCAAAUCCACAGAUCGUAACCUACUCGAUUGCUGGGAUCUCGUUUAUCAUGGCUUACAGGAAAAUACGUCCGUUUACUAUCUUCGGCAAAUCAUCCGACAUACCGAAUCACUUCAUCCGUGAACAAAUAAAGCAAUAUGGACGGGUGACGAAAAUUGAGCCAUCGCAACAGUACGGACCGCUGCUUGUUGUGCAACACCAUCCACCAGCCAAGAUACUGUUUUGGUCGAACAAAACAAUCCCGAUCAAGAUCGAUGGUGUCGAUAUUAAUGCAAACGGCUAUUCCUGGCUUCAGUCCGUUGUGGCUGGUAAGGAAAUAUGUUUUAUUCCAAUGAAACAACCAUCCAACCAAGUGCACGCCGCAUGCCGCGUCUAUGUGGCAGAGCCAAAUAAGCACAUCGAUAUCGGGGAAGCACUGUUAAGUUUGGGAUUUGCCAAACUAACCGUUACCGUGCCUAAGCCCGUACGGAAUCGAAAAGAUGUGCAUGGCGUUGCACUGUACCAGUACUACCGCACGCUCGACAAAGCAGAACGCUACGCCAAGAAUCGCCGGAAUGGACUGUGGCAAUAUGCUUUGCCACCUCGCCCGUGGCCCCUAUCAUUGUGGCCUAUGUUAUGGGAUCGUGUCAUUAGAGCCAACCGGUUACCGGCGCUCGUUCGAUAG